GUUAUAAUCACCACCAGAUUUUUAGUUCCUCCAAUUAGGUUGUAAUCACCAUUCAUUAUAACUUUAACACAAAAAUGAAUCCGUGAUACCCACAUCAACAUCGUUAGUCCUUGCAGAUUUUGUUGAUCCAGAUCCACAAGAAUGAUUGACAACUAACUAAAUUUGUGAAAUUGUCUUUCAUUAAGAACGUCGUUCUACUGGUGUUACUGAUCUUCAUACAGAAGAAGUAGAAGUCAACUGGUGUUUUCCAUCAUAAUCGUCCGACUUUGCGUCGGAAAAUCGACGUCCUUCAUAACUGGUCAUCCUAUUGAUACACCCGAGGAUCCUAUUGAUCUGGGUAUAUCAUCAACAGCAGAAAGAUGCUUUGUUGCGGAGGUGGCAAUAAGGGUGGCGUCAGGGUCGCUGGCGCCACAGAAACAGCUGAGCUCAGGGGCAAUGGCACCGCAGGAGGAGGGAAUGGACGCAAAUCCUCUAUCACUUCUACUAGUUCCGCUAUCCUCGAUGACAUCCAUCAGACCGCAGAGAAUGUGCAACGGUCUACUCAGGGUGGAGGCAGCCAGACGGGGAUCACCAAAAAUGUCACAGCUGUAAUGGCAAGGGCACACGAGAAACAUAUCAAGCUGGAGGACGAGUACGACUUGGACAAAUCCGUGGUACUGGGAACGGGAUUUUGCGGCUCCGUUGUGCUGGGAAAGAUUAUGGCAUGAUGCCAGGACUUGAAUGAUUAUACAAGAACAUCAAGGAAGAUCAAGAAGAAGAUGUGAUUUCGCUGAAGAUGUUUUAUACUAAAACUUAUAAGGAAUGAAAAUGAAACAUGAUCCUUUCGCUUUCAGAGUUAGUAGGAGAUUCCUUCUGUUAUUUUACUCAUGUAUUACGUAUUAUUGGGUCCUCUUCGGUUCAAUAUUACGUCGUUCUCGUCCAUAUUCAUUUUCCCCUAGUACCUCAUCCUCUACUUUCUCCCACUCUUCUAAUGUCUACAAAGUGACCGGGCAGCGUGUGGCGGUUAAGUCUCUCCGCAAAGACGACUAUGGCGAUGGCGACGAAACGCCAGAGGAAGUCGCCACUCGUGUACGAGGAGAAUGUGAGAUCUACUUGAAUGCGGAUCACCCAAAUAUCGUUUAAGGGUAGGUUAAAGGUGCUUUUCUUACCGCUUUUUAUGGAGAAAGGCAUAAAAAGCGGGGUAAGCAAGCACCAAAAACCUACCUCUAAGUCGUCCGUCUCCGGGACAUGUACGAGACUCCGGAAGUGAUCUAUUUGGUGUGUGACUGCUGUACUGGUGGUGAGAUGUACGAUCGUUUGAUGUCGCGAGGCCAAUACACAGAGGCAGGAGCAGCAGGGGCCACGAAGGUUAAGGCUCACAAUGACGGGUGGAUUUCAAGUUUCUAGUAGAUGAACAUCGAGAACAUCAGAGUGAAUUGCGGGGCUAGUAGAAUAGUCACAGUGAAGAGUUUUCAUUUGAAUAACAGAUUAUCAUAUUUCAGAUGAUUUUUAUCCUGUCGAGAUUCUGAUGCUGUGAUGAUAUCUCUUUUUCCUGUCGGAUACUUUUCCUUCUCCUCUAACUCCCGCAUGCUUCUCGCCGUUUCGUACAUCCACAACACCAUGAAGAUCGUGCACCGCGAUUUGAAACUGCAGAACUGGCUGUACCCGUCUGCUCAGUCUGCUGAUGACGAAGUCAAGCUGAUCGAUUUCGGCUUCUCGAAGGUCUUGGAGAACAAGAAGACAGUGGCCGUGACAGCAGGCACAGUCGAGUACCUGGCUCCGGAAUUGUUGCACCACCAAAGCGCAGUCGAGAAUACUGGCGACAUGUGGGCUUUGGGCGUCAUCGUCUUCAUGCUCUUGGGAGGAUAUCCGCCUUUUUCUUAUGACACUGAAGAUGGGUUUUAUCUAUGAUCUUUAAUUUCAACUUUUUGAGUCUUUUUCGAACAGUCAGUAUCAGUUGCAUCAGGCACAUGCUGAUUACAGAUCAUACAGAUGACGAGUAGUGCAUAAGAACAUGAUUCACAUCUCCGUUGAUACAACUAAAUAUGAUUUCUUCUUCCACCCAUUCUCCACGCAUUCUCUCUCUCAUUCACGUUCCUCAUCUUCAAAAGCACGUUCCUCAUCUUCCACGCGUUCUCUAUCCCUACCCAUUCCCUCUCUCUGAAACACGUUUUUGUAAUCUGAACAUCAUCUUCUCUCUCUCUCUCUCUCUCUGAGUCCCCUCUUUAAUCUCUCGGCAAGAACAACAAUGAGAUCAUUGCUGCGAUCCGUAAACAUGAGAUCAAGUGGUUUCGUUCGCGUUUUGAGAAGGUUUCGGUCGAAGCAAAAUCCUUGGUCUUAGGCUUGUUGGAAGCGGAUCCGAGUAAACUUAUGAAUGUAAGUAGAAUUUUCUCACUAGUACUAUGGAACCUCAGGACAUCUAAUGACAUGACAUGACUACUAACUAGCAUCAUCUGCAGUAAAGUAUUUUGUUCUGAGCAGUGGGUGCUGUGGGUACUAUGAGUUCCCCUUGUAAUACAGUUCAGAGGAGCACUGUGAGACACUGACGUCGCCAUGUCUUCUUCUAAUACACGUUUGACCGCACGCCAAGCAAUAAAGCAUCCCUGGAUCGCCAAGUUGGACCAGGCUGAGAGCGGACUGGACGAACAUCAGUUAAACGGUGACGUGUUGAACGCAUUGGCCAACUUUCAGAAGAAGUUAAGGCCUCACUUAUUAGUCCAUCUUUAUUUAGCCCGUGCCUGUGUGAAGAGCUGUGUCCAGGUACUUGGAAAAACUGAAAUAACCAAGUUACUGACUGAAAUAAGGGGCGUAGCUUAACAACAAGGCUACUCUUCCUUCUCGUCAGUAUCUCGGUUAUUCUCGUCUGUUACUCGCUUAUUUUGAUCAGUUUAUCGAAUAGAAUUGGUAAAUUUGCGCUCAUCACGAUGAAGAUGAAGAUGGGUUGUUCUAAAAAAGACGGCGUUCGAAAAAGCAACCGCGAUGAUUAUGGCGCAGUGUUUGGGCCGUUCGGAAGUGGCUGCGUUGGAGAAGAUGUUUGUGAAGCUGGAUGUUUCAUUAUGGGAAAAUGAAAUCCACGCGGCGCCUAGAAUAGACGGAUCCUAGUUAGCUUGGCCAUUACUAUAAUUCUGUACUUAUACACCUUUUACCUACUAUCUUUACUUUUUCUUCCUAGUCAGCUUGGCUCCACCCGUAUUAUGGGAAAAUAGAAUCGAUGCUAGUAUUGAUUCUUUCUCACCUAUUCGUAUUCAUCUUUCUGACCUCUCAAUCUUGUUUCUCACUGUUUCUCGUUGAAACCCAACCUUUCUCACCUACUAGUUCACUCUAACCCACCACGAAGGCACUGUCGAAUUGCACGAAUUGAAGCAAGCGCUAGCCCAAAUGGGUGAUGGGGCUACAGACAUCGACGACAAAAAAUUGAGCCAGAUUUUCGAUGACUUGGACUACAACCACGACCAUCUUAAGGCCUACAAUACUUACACACUGUCUCCUCGUUCACAAGAUGGACCACUACAGGAACUGAUGGUUUACGAGAUAAGUUGCAACUUGAGAGUCGGUUGAAGAUUGAUAGUGCUGAGUGAUCAUGAUCAUGUGGCUUCGUUGUCAGAUGACUUUCUCGUUCACACCUCUACUGACCUUUUCAUCCUCACGUGGAUUUUCUACAUCACAACGAGUCCAGCUCUGUUAGAUAUUGGCGACUCAUGUUCACAAGAUGGACCACUACAAGUACUACUAUGAUUUUUUCGUUCAACACCUCUAAUCAGCACAUCUACUUCUCCGACUUCCUUACAGCAGUGGUCAGCUGCAAGAUCGACCAGGGAUCCGAUAAGCUGAUCAAGGCAACCUUCGACCGAUUUGACGUGGAUAACAGUGGAGAAAUUUCUAUCCAGAACCUGUCGAGCCUGUUUUUAUGCUUCAGUUUGAUGUAUUAUACUGUACAACCAGCCUCUGUAUUGCGUGGUGUGACUUCUUGAUAGUCUUACUGUUACCUCGUAUGGUGCAGCCGCUGUGUAGCCUUGUCCACAUGUACUGUAUCCGAAACCUAACCCUCUGUAUUGCUACUAGGUUGAAUUAUCUUGAUUGGCUUCUGCUAUACUACCAGCCUCGGUGUUCGACGUCGACUUUACUCAGGUCACCGAUUCAUCCUCGGAGUCGAGCCAGGUGCCGGGGGGGCUUGAUGUGCGGGAUUCACAACCUAACCUAACCUAAUCUUGAUUGGCUUCUGCCUGUUUUUUUUAUAUAAGCUAGAGGCUUAGUGGUCCCAGCGACGCUCAAAGCACAAAAGUAAAACAGCCGGUUAGUUUUCCCUCAUUUCCUAGGUCUAUCCCACCAUGCACUGCAAUACUACUCAAUUGAUAUGAUCUUAGGAGUCCGGGGGAGCUCGAUGUGAAGGAUCCCUAACCUAACAUAUAAUCCGCCUUCUGAUACUUCUGUAGUACUCAUUCUUGAUUCUCUCCAGCGAGUCAUCGACAUUGUUCUCUUGUUUCGACUAAGAUCUCAUUAUUGAGCAGACCACUCUCUCACCAACACACACCAUGUUAUUGUUCCACAUCCUCGCUCAUAGUACUAAUGGUGGUAAUUAUCAGUCUCUAACCUUCGGCUCGGAGUUCCGAAAUGUCCCUAUCACCGAACUGAUGAAGGAAGUGGACACUAACGGUGAUGAGAUGAUCUCGUUCGAGGAAUUCAAGACUUUCAUCAUUAAGGCUUGAAUGAAAUGAUGAUCAUGAAUUCAGCUCUUCAGGAGCCGCUAAAGUCUGCCACAUCGGAUGGCAGGACCCAACCUAACCUAACCUAACCUAACCUAACCUAUAGUUCAUUUUAGGAAGCAUCUUCUCUGGCCCGCCGUUUCUCAAGGCCCGAAAAGUUGAUGCCACCCCGCAGAUAUAUGGGGUGUCAGUGUGAGAAAACCGAACAGCAGACACGCGGCCAAAGAUGCUUUUCUUCCAGAUGAUAAAUACAAUUUGUAGGCUCUUCUAAUGUCAAGGAACGAGGCAAGGUGAAGCAAACCGAUAUGGGUACGGCUAACCAGAACGCGAUCACGACGCCAAAAGACGAAAAGCCAAUGGCAAUCGAAGAUUUGAUGGCGAUUGGUUCAGAACUCGAUAUUGUCGUCAAGUAGGUGGAUAUUAGAAUGAUAGAGGAUUGCUAUACAUUGACGAGAAGUUGUUGGUUAGUGACGAGAUUGAUGAGAUUCUCAGAAGAUAAAGAUUUUGAAUUCAUGUACCUAUCUACAACACGACUACCACGAGCACCAUUUCACCAGAAAAUGAAACCAGUUGUCAUACUAGAUAUGUAUUACGACAAUCAACCACAAAUACGACAACCGAGUGAACAAGCACCCUAGUGAUUCAAUGACGAAUGAAAUCAACUCCAUGAAUAACACAUCAAUUACAACGUACUAAAUGUAUGCUUGUCGACUACAAGAGGUGAUAUUACCCGCAGUUAUUUCCUAAGACCAUACACUUACUUCAUUGCUACAAGUCCACAACGAACGAACAAUAAUGUCUGUCAUUAAACGGGCUACAACUAGGUCAUGAUGAGCUUUUAUUCAGUCUUAAAAAAUUCAGAAGUUCAUAAACUUGCGCUUGCAGCCUCACCUGAUAUCGCAGACAGUUACAACAUAAGUAGGCAGUGAAUAUUCAAGUAUCCCAAGAGUGGGGCGCUCCUUUAGGGAAGUUCUGGCUCAGCUGGCGUGCCGUCAUCAUUGGCUGGCGUAAACUAUGCUCGUAAUUAUAGAUCGUUUGCGUAGUUGUAGCGCCUGGCCGUUGUGCUUCAGGCUUUUCGCGGGGUAAUUGAAUGGAACUACUGCCGGAAACUGUAGACUCAGGCAACGAAAAAAGGACACGGAGGGACCCCCAGAGUGACGAAUGAGUACAGGUUGUAGGGCCAUCACGAUGAUGUAUGAUAGAGCUUAUGUCGACGAGGGUCUUGCGCCCUGAUGCGGACAGAAAGAGGGUCAGCUAGAAGAUACUUCCACGAACACACAGAGGACGCAGUUUUAAGGCCUGCUCUUACAAGGAUCAGGAACAUCAUAACCGGGGGACGACAUGACUAGAAUAGCGAGGUUGUUAAGGUCAACAGCGUUCGUCGUUGUUUUUGCAUACGCCAUACUAGGGGGUAGAGCUGGUUGUUGUAACAAUACAGGUUCAAGGGGGAGGACUUACAGGUUCAAGGGGGUAGAGCUGGUUGUAACUGAAUUUCUUACGCUUGCAUCUUGAAAUAACAGGAGAUCGAUUUCAGGAGUCUGUAGUGAGCUCCAUGGGGGUUGUAGUUCCUGUAGCAAGGCGACAAUGAAUUGUACUAUCCUGAAUAUGUAAAUAAAACAGGAAACCUAUCGAUCAAAUUAAAUUGUUACAACAACCGGCUCUACCCCCAGAGCAGGUUUAAGGGGGUAGAGCUGGUUGUUGUAACAAUUUAUUGCAUAUUUCCUAGUUAGACGUGCUCCACCGGUAUAAUCCAGAGGCGGAUUUGUCGAAGAUACGAAAUUUCAGCCUACUUGUUUACAGCGAAAAAACGCAAUUUUUAUUUUUUACCACAUUUGAUUUUGAAGAUGUUCAUAAAAUUAGAGGAUAUUGCUGCACCUAUUCAUCUUUCGAUAGUUCAUAGCGCGGGGGGCGUCAAUCCACAAAUUUACUACUAACUAAAACCAAAUCCAAAUUUGCUACUGACUAACAAGAAUUACUUCGCAAGCUGAUAAUUUACAGGCACGCUCGCAGCAGAACUCUAACUGUAACUAAAGAAUUUACAACACACAGGCAAACACGCGACGACAAGUCAAUGAGAGAUGAAAAGCAUCAACAUAUUGAUAGCUAUACCUAGAAUUCUUUUUUUAUGAUCGUAAUUAUACUUUCUUAGAUCCGCGGUCGAUCUAUGACAGCGUGCCUAGAUCCACCGACAGGUCCCACGACGCACUGGAGACUCCUGCUGCACAUGCACUUCUCAGAUGAUAAUUGGCUAAACUACUGUAAGUACGACGGUCUGUCUGAAGCAGAGAGGAGAGUCCAGAACGGGAUGAAGAUACGGUAGGUCAUGGAGUCUACAGCUACUAUCUAAGAAACAGAAGUGAGGAUCACAGCCUAGGAACGAGGGACGCAUGAUUGCCGCACAAACAGAUGAACCAAGUGUAACAACAAAAUGCUUUCAAGCAUGAACACUGUAUAGACCACGCAACAAAAGCAAUGCUACAAACUGGAACUUCGUCACAACUAGUAGGUCAGAACAAAUUGUGACAACAUUUGCAGUUGAAGUUUUUCUGGGUAUUUUUCUAUGUUGAU